AGACAAGCUAGUCUUCCUCCGCUACUGCUAACUAAACCGCGGAACUGCAGCGACGAUGCGAUCCUUUGCGCGUCAUUUAUUAUAAGUUGUGAUACUGGGUCAAUACGAGAGCUUUGCUUAUCGGUCACUCCUUUGAGCAGCUAAUCGAUAGCAGCUAACAUAGCUAUCGAGAAUUGUGACAAGUUGCUAGUUAAGUCCGUGUUAGCUAGUUGCGUCGUUUGACAGCUAACUGCUAACCAGCUAAUCUUAGUCGUAUUCGACAUCAAUUUAAAACCAAAGCCCGCAAACAUCGAAAAGUUGAAGCUCGGUUGUCUCCUCUGACCUGCUACGGGACUCGUUAGCUUGGUUCAAGUGUGUCAGACGGGCAAAGAUUCAUGACACUAUUCGGCGGAUGUUUUAAAUGUUGCACUUGAGUUAAUGCCAAAUUAAAGCUGUUUCGCUGACGUUCAGGUUGAGUUAAAGAAGCUUUCAGUAGGUCUGCCCGUGACGCCUUUGUGCUGAUAAACUGGUUAAUCCAGACACGAACGGAACGGCACCAGGAUAAGAUCCGCGCUUCCACUCAACCUUGGAUUUAAAUGUCAGAAAAGAGUUCAUCGUCCAGUUCGGAUGAGGAUGUGGACCCGGAAUCUGCGCAGCCUGUGGAGCUGGGAGGCGUCCUGAGCAAGUGGACAAAUUACAUACACGGGUGGCAGGACCGAUGGGUCGUGUUGAAAAACAAUACUUUGAGCUACUACAAGUCGGAGGAUGAACGGGAGUACGGCUGCAGGGGGUCCCUGUGCCUCAGCAAGGCUGUCAUCACGCCCCAUGAGUUUGACGAGUGUCGUUUUGACAUCAGCGUGAACGACAGCGUUUGGUACCUCAGAGCUGAAGAUCCUGAGCACAGGCUGCAGUGGAUUGAGUCAAUCGAGUUGCACAAGGCCGAGUCUGGUUAUGGUUCAGAAACAAGUCUGAGGCGUCAUGGAUCCAUGUUGUCUCUCACCUCAGCAGCAAGUGCCUUGUCUGCCACGUCGACAUCCUCCUUCAAGAAGGGCCACCGGUUACGUGAGAAGCUAGCAGAAAUGGAAACUUUCCGGGACAUUCUCUGCAGACAAGUGGACACCCUGCAGAAAUAUUUUGACUCCUGUGCUGAUGCUGUCUCUAAAGAUGAGUUUCAGAGAGACCGAGUACUGGAGGAGGAUGAAGACGACUUUCUUGCCACUGCAAAGGCUGAUGGUGAAGUUAACCACAACAACAAUGGCAGCAAAGAAAAACUGUUUUCUCCUGCCAGUCCCAAAGGUAUCAACGGGAUUGACUUUAAGGGUGAGGCCAUCACCUUCAAGGCCACUACAGCAGGCAUCCUCUCUACCUUGUCCCACUGCAUUGAACUGAUGGUCAAACGGGAGGAGAGCUGGCAGAAGAGACUGGACAAGGAGUUGGAAAAGAGGAGGAGGAUAGAAGAUGCCUACAAAUCUGCUAUGCAUGAACUGAAGAAGAAGUCCCACUACGGAGGCCCAGACUAUGAGGAAGGGCCCAACAGUUUAAUCAAUGAAGAAGAGUUCUUUGAUGCAGUGGAAGCUGCACUGGACAGACAAGACAAGAUAGAAGAGCAGAGCCAGUCGGAGAAGGUCCGAAUACCUCGACUAACUCCAGUUCCACCUGGAGACAGCUACUCCACCAUCGGCACUCAUCGAUGUGCCAACAAGCCCUGUAGCCAUUCUUCCUCCUUGUCCUCCGUUGAGCUAGUCAGUGCUUCAGAUGACAUUCACAGAUUCAGCGCUCAGGUGGAGGAAAUGGUGCAGAGUCAUAUGACUUACUCUCUUCAGGAUGUGGGAGGAGAUGCCAACUGGCAGCUGGUCAUAGAAGAAGGAGAGAUGAAGGUGUACAGGAGAGAAGUGGAGGAGAACGGCAUUGUGCUGGAUCCUCUAAAAGCCACGCAUGUUGUCAAAGGGGUGACGGGACAUGAGGUCUGCCACUACUUUUGGGACACCAGCGUACGCAUGGACUGGGAGACUACGAUUGAAAAUUUCAACGUCGUGGAAACGCUUUCUGAUAACGCAAUCAUCGUUUACCAGACGCACAAGAGAGUGUGGCCGGCCUCUCAGAGGGACGUGCUCUACCUGUCAGCCAUCAGGAAAAUCCUGGCAACCAACGAAAAUGACCCAGACACGUGGCUGGUUUGCAACUUUUCAGUGGAUCAUGAUAAUGCUCUUCCCACAAACCGCUGUGUUCGUGCCAAAAUCAACGUUGCCAUGAUCUGCCAGACACUGGUCAGCCCACCAGAGGGUGAUAAAGAGAUAUGCAGAGAAAACCUCCUUUGUAAGAUCACCUAUGUUGCCAACGUAAACCCAGGAGGUUGGGCUCCAGCGUCGGUCCUUAGAGCUGUGGCCAAGAGGGAAUAUCCCAAGUUCCUGAAGCGCUUCACCUCAUAUGUGCAGGAGAAAACUGCUGGAAAGUCCAUCCUCUUCUGAGGAUUAAGAGGAUUAUAGGGGCAGAGGAUGCCCACAAGACAGACCGUUGUGAAACUACACAACCCAUUCUAUAUGCAGGACACCGCGCCAUCCAGAUCACCAGUUCCUGGAAGCUCUUCUGCCUCUAGAGGACAUUUAUGGCUUUAAUCCAUCAGCAGUUUUCAUCCCAGGCUCGUUAUUACAGCGUAACGCCACAUGUCAUGGCUACAUGUCUGUACAUUCAAGUUUCCUACGUGGUUCUUUGUUGUUGUUUUUUUCUAGUAAGCUGUUUUGUACAUUUCUUAUCAUUACAAUCUUCUUGACUUUUGGGGUUUGAUUUCUUUCCUAAUAAUAUUACAGCUGCUUUUUUGUUGCUGCUGAAGUAAGUACCACGAGAGAGGACAGUGGACACAGUAGAGGCGCUGGUGAGGUGUGGUACAGUAUCUCGUCUUUCUUGCCUUCUCCUGUCCCUUUUGUGAUGACUCUCUUUGAGGUUUGAUGGAGGGUCAGAGCCUAAAGCUUUGAAAUCUUUAUAUUUCUAGACUCUAAAGUAGUUUUCAGAGAGCACUAAGGACACAAUGUAUUGUACAGAUAAAAAAAGACUAGUUUUCAGUUAUGUAGUUUACCUAUGUGAGAAAUGUGAAAUGACUGUUAUAUGCUUGAAUUUGAUGACACCAAUGGGAAAAGGAAAUCUGAAGUAGGCGGUAAAGUCUUAUUAACUCGGCAUUGGACAAUACUUUGACACCGUUGAACUGAUAAUCACUAAUCCGAUGUCCUUGGCGUAGUGGACUGUAGACUGUAGAUGCUAAGUCGUGGUUUAUAAUCAGUGUGUAUCUGUCUUUAACCUUGAUGUCAAACACAGUUGCUGACAGAUGCGUGCGAAUGACCAGGCAUGUUGUCUGAUACAAAGAUUCCUCUCUUUGCUUGAGAGACGUGUGGAUACAUUUCAUGCACCCUCGGUUGUUUUCAGCAUUUUCAGCCCGUUGUGAGGCAGACCCGUUCAUUCGGGCUUUGUUAAUGAGUCCUGCUGCUACAUUGCAGGAUAGGAUGGAGCCGUUAGAAUGUUGUACCCCCCCCCCCCCCCCAACACUGCAUUUCAGACGCCACACUACAGGGCAGUGGCCUCCUGCCCCGUUGACUUGUUAUCUACCCUCAGAAUGCCUUAGACACCAGGAUGAACCUGACCGUCCUGGCUUUUGCUACUGUACAGCCACCAGAUGUGCAUUUAUCAACACUGAAACAAAGCGCAGAGGAGAGCGUCAGCAUUCCGUACCAUCCUAGUCCAGAUUGUGUUUAAUGCCAUCAGAGUUUUUGGGGGGGGUUGGGGUUUCCAAUUGGCACAUGUGGUUGAACUCGAACAAUUAUAUUUUCAGGCAAAGAGGUCAAAGAUUAGAAAGUACCUGGAUAAUUGUUUGCUUAUGACCACGAGAAUGCGUUUAGUGUUGUUAAUUUUGAUAUUUUGUCCGCAAUCUACAGACUUUGUAUAUUUCUAAGCUGUACAUCAGAAGUGUUGUUUGCACUAAAUGUAAUGCAAUUUGACAAUGUUCUGUAAAUUAAAAUUGUUACAUGGCAGAA